CUUUGAUAGUAACAAACAAACACAAAGUCUCUUCUCUCUCUCCCCUUCUCAUUCAUUAUCAUCUCUUGAGUUGUCCUUCUUUCAGACAGUAGAAAUCGAACUGUUUGACAGAGAGAGAGAGAUAGAUCCUAUUUGGUCCUGAAGAUGCAGGUAGUUGCCAACUUCGAUUUCCAGUCUUCGCCGUUCUCACACGGCCCCGGAGAGAUCCUCAUUUCUCCGGUAGACCGCCGGGAUGAAUCUUUAGUCCCGGAGAAAUCCUCACACGGAGAAAGCGCCUGUGAAGAAGAAGACAAAGACUCGACUAGCUUGGCGGCUGUGAAAGUGCAGAAGGUUUAUAGAAGUUAUCGCACGCGGCGUAGGUUAGCUGACUCUGUCGUCGUCGCCGAAGAGCUCUGGUGGCAAGCGAUGGAUUAUGCGAGGCUUAAUCAUAGUACUAUUUCGUUUUUUGAUUACUCGAGACCUGAAACUGCUGUUUCUAGGUGGAAUCGUGUUAGCUUGAAUGCUUCCAAGGUGGGGAAGGGACUGUCCAUAGUCGACAAAGCUCAGAAACUUGCUUUUCAGCAUUGGAUUGAAGCUAUUGAUCCUCGACACCGGUAUGGACACAACCUGCAUAAAUACUAUGAAGAAUGGUGUAAAGCUGAUGCCGGUCAGCCAUUCUUUUACUGGUUGGAUGUUGGAGGAGGGAUAGAUCUGGAUCUUAACGAAUGUCCGAGGUCGAAGCUUAAGCAGCAAUGCAUUAGAUAUCUUGGACCUCAAGAGAGGGAAGAGUAUGAGUAUGUGAUCAUAGAAGGGAAGAUUGUUCACAAAUUAACUGGAAAGUUUCUACACACUAUGCAUGGAUCCGAGGGGACAAAAUGGAUCUUUGUUAUGAGUACUUUCAAAAAACUCUAUGCCGGUCUGAAGAAGAAAGGAAGGUUCCAUCACUCAAGCUUUUUGGCCGGAGGAGCAACAUUAGCCGCCGGGAGGGUGAUUGUUGAUGAUGGAGUUCUCAAGACAAUCUCAGCAUACAGCGGACAUUACAGGCCGUCAGAUGAUAGCCUCGACACAUUCCUUUCGUUUCUCAGAGAGAACGCUGUGAACCUAGACGAUGUUGAGGUGCACAAAGCUAGUGAAGAUUCAGACAACUACGAGGAUUACGUUAAAACCAACGGAGGAGAUGAACCCGCGCCGUUAGAGAAAGAGGACGCAACAUUCAAAACAGAGACUGAAACAGAUGAGAACGGUAACGGAACACUCGGAACACUAGAGGAGGCUAAACGUAGUAGUUACCAGAGAACGCUCUCAGGUGGACUUGGGAGUCCAAAAGCUGAUGUGCCGCAGAAGUCAAUGCUACUAAGGAUCAACUCAAAGAAACAGUCGAAGUCCUUACAGUUGGGUCAUCAGUUGUCGCUGAAAUGGUGUACCGGAGCGGGUCCAAGGAUCGGUUGUGCAGCUGAUUAUCCGGUUCAGCUCAGAACACAAGCUUUGGAGUUUGUUAACUUGUCUCCUAGAUACCGGAGUAGCACACUUUCUCCGACCGGGAGGCUUGAUGUCUAAUCAAAUGUUGUUUUAAGUAGUAGUAGUUAAUCAUAGUCUUCGUAUGUCUGUCACUUUAUUAACGUGCGAGUUCUAUCUAUCCUAAUGUUUUUGUUUUGAUCUGUUUUUCAUCCGAAUGAUAUGUCGCAUAAGGAAAAGAAUAAGAUGUGUUUAUGUGUAAAAGAUUGUCACUGAUCAUGAAGAGAACAUUUACAAUUUUUGGUCAA